AUGGCCGCAAUUAUUCGUUUAGCCGGCCUAAGUGGAGCCAGUGCGGUCAUUCUUGGAGCCUACGGAUCACACGUAUUGCGAGAUCAAGUGGACGAGCAUCGGAAGAAAGCCUUUGACACCGGGUCGCGCUAUCAUUUACUGCAUUCGGUGGCUCUGCUCGGCGCUCGUCAGGCUCGUCACCCUCUACUAACCGCUCUUCUCUUCUCGGCCGGCAUCAUUCUCUUCUGUGGCCCCUGCUAUCAUUACAGUAUCACCGGCGAGGAGAAGCUGCGGAAAUUCACGCCAACCGGCGGCAUUUUGUUCAUCCUCGGCUGGUUGUCGUUCAUUUUG